AUGGCUUUCUACAACAGCUGCCGAGACGUCCAACUCGAUGGAUCCACACUCACGGCUAAUUGUCAGGACAGCAACGGCUACUGGGGAUCAUGGUCUAGCAUCGAUCUCAACCAAUAUAUCGGCAACAGGGAGGGAUACUUUGACACAAGCAUUGAAAGAUUCUAUGAGACUGCUAGGAAUGUCUAUCUUACAGGCUCAGUCCUCCAUGCGUCUAUGCAGGACAGUUAUCAGUACUACCAGGACGAGCAAACAAUUGACCUCAACCUCUUCAUUACCAACGAUAAUGGACAGCUCAAAUUCAAGCAGUACAUGCACGAAUCCAUUCUCAAGACGGGCACCUUCUACCAUCUCGAGGGCAGCGUCCUGCGCGGUCUCGUCCUCGGCUACAAUGGCAAGUUCAACGUGACCGAGAUCGACCUCAACGAUCACUACGCCAACAACAAUGGCUCUUUUCAGUCGGACGACAACCACUUUUACCACUCGGCCCAGAAGCUGAAGCUCGAGCCGUCGCCCGGCGCUCUUACCCUCAAGGCCGAGCUGAGGAACUGGAACAAGCAAUGGCAGCCUGCCGAAGUUAACCUGGCCAUCUGCAUCAUGAACAACAAUGGCAGUUUUCAGUUUGUUAGACACGACGGCUUCUGGGACCGCGACGGGUGGUUCGCCAAGACCUUUGAAGGCGUGCCCCUAAUCGGCUUCGCCAUCGCGGGCGUGCACGCCGCGGCCGGCAACUACGAGCACGCCGCCCGCGCGCUGGCCAAGUGCGCCAACAGCUCCGUGGUCUGCGUUGGCGUCGUCAUCGGCUUCAUGCUGGGCGAGACGCUCGGGUCCGUUAUCGGCGCCGGCAUCGCCACGCCCAUCGGCAUCUGGAUCGAGACCGAGAUCAAGGAGCACCUGAUUGAGGACCCCAUGCUGCUGGCCGAGUUUGAGGAGGCCACCCUCGGUCGCUACAUUGGCGAGACCCUGGUGAACAUGGGCAUGGCGGCCAUUCCUGGCGAUCCCAUCGCCGACAUGACCAGCCGCGUCGGGAACGAGGCCCUCAAGAAGACAUUCCAGAAGGCGUUGACGAAUUAUACUAGGCAGGUGGUGGCUGGUAUGAGGUCCUCGGUUGCGCCGACGGAGAUUGAGGAGAAGGUCAAGAUUUUGUUGUCUGGUAUCGGUGACUUGAUCAAGGGCGAGCCGCCCGCCAGCUGGACAGAGGCUGAGGGAAAGGUUAAGAGCGUCUUGAAGAGCAGGGGCGCUGAGUUGACGAAUGUUCCGCCCAUGGUUAAGUUUAAGAUUUGA